AGUGCGCGCAGCGCUCCGCCCAGCUCCGUUCCGCACCGCAGAGCCGGCGCGGGCAGGGCGCAGGGAGGGCGGCACUCGGCCCCAGUCUUCGCAGCCCCGCGUGCUCUCUGCCGUGGGACCUGGGUCCCCGCGCCGCUCCCCUGAGCCCCGAGCGCGCGGCGGGCGGGUGCCGGCUUGGGACUGGCGGUGAGGCAGGGAGUGAGGAGCGAGCGGAGUCGCGUGCGCCGCCGCGCAGCUCCGGGUCGCCCCAGCCCCAGCCGGGGGCCUGUGGCCCAGGGGAGGAGCUGUCCGUCCGCGACCCGUCGGGGACCGCAGCUGCUCGGCCGGAGUGCACGGGCCGAGUCUGCGCGACUACCCACGCGUGACAGGCCCCUGGAUGAGAAGGAGCUGAUAGCAGCUGAAUUCCAUCUUCUCUGUGUGCUGGGGAGCAGGGCUACACGGCCCAGGUGGCAUCCAUGCCGAAGAACAGCAAAGUGACCCAGCGUGAGCACAGUAGUGAGCAUGUCACUGAGUCGGUGGCCGACCUGCUGGCCCUCGAGGAGCCUGUGGACUAUAAGCAGAGCGUACUGAAUGUGGCUGGCGAGGCAGGCGGCAAGCAGAAGGCAGUGGAGGAGGAGCUGGACGCAGAGGACCGGCCGGCCUGGAACAGUAAGCUGCAGUACAUCCUGGCCCAGAUUGGCUUCUCUGUGGGCCUCGGCAACAUCUGGCGGUUCCCCUACCUGUGCCAGAAAAAUGGAGGAGGUGCUUACCUGGUGCCCUACCUGGUGCUGCUGAUCAUCAUCGGCAUCCCCCUCUUCUUCCUAGAGCUGGCCGUGGGCCAGAGGAUCCGCCGCGGCAGCAUUGGUGUGUGGCACUAUGUGUGUCCCCGCCUGGGGGGCAUCGGCUUCUCCAGCUGCAUAGUCUGUCUCUUUGUGGGGCUGUAUUAUAACGUGAUCAUCGGGUGGAGCAUCUUCUAUUUCUUCAAGUCCUUCCAGUACCCGCUGCCCUGGAGUGAAUGUCCUGUCGUCAGGAAUGGGAGCGUGGCAGUGGUGGAAGCAGAGUGUGAAAAGAGCUCAGCCACUACCUACUUCUGGUACCGAGAGGCCUUGGACAUCUCUGACUCUAUCUCGGAGAGUGGGGGCCUGAACUGGAAGAUGACCCUGUGCCUCCUCGUGGCCUGGAGCAUCGUGGGGAUGGCUGUUGUUAAGGGCAUCCAGUCCUCAGGGAAGGUGAUGUAUUUCAGCUCCCUCUUCCCCUAUGUGGUGCUGGCCUGCUUCCUGGUCCGGGGGUUGUUGCUGCGAGGGGCAGUUGAUGGCAUCCUACACAUGUUCACUCCCAAGCUGGACAAGAUGCUGGACCCCCAGGUGUGGCGGGAGGCAGCCACCCAGGUCUUCUUUGCCUUGGGCCUGGGCUUUGGUGGUGUAAUUGCCUUCUCCAGCUACAACAAGCAGGACAACAACUGCCACUUCGAUGCCGCCCUGGUGUCCUUCAUCAACUUCUUCACGUCAGUGUUGGCCACCCUCGUGGUAUUUGCCGUGCUGGGCUUCAAGGCCAAUAUCAUGAAUGAGAAGUGUGUGGUCGAGAAUGCUGAGAAAAUCCUAGGGUACCUCAACACCAAUGUCCUGAGCCGGGACCUCAUCCCACCCCACGUCAACUUCUCCCACCUGACCACAAAGGACUACAUGGAGAUGUACAAUGUCAUCAUGACCGUGAAGGAAGACCAGUUCUCAGCCCUGGGCCUUGACCCCUGCCUUCUGGAGGACGAGCUGGACAAGUCCGUGCAGGGCACAGGCCUGGCCUUCAUCGCCUUCACUGAGGCCAUGACGCACUUCCCUGCCUCCCCGUUCUGGUCUGUCAUGUUCUUCCUGAUGCUCAUCAACCUGGGCCUGGGCAGCAUGAUCGGGACCAUGGCGGGCAUCACCACGCCCAUCAUCGACACCUUCAAGGUGCCCAAGGAGAUGUUCACAGUGGGCUGCUGUGUCUUUGCAUUCUUCGUGGGGCUGUUGUUCGUCCAGCGCUCCGGAAACUACUUUGUCACCAUGUUCGAUGACUACUCGGCCACCCUGCCACUCACUCUCAUCGUCAUCCUUGAGAACAUCGCUGUGGCCUGGAUUUAUGGAACCAAGAAGUUCAUGCAGGAGCUGACAGAGAUGCUGGGCUUCCGCCCCUACCGUUUUUAUUUCUACAUGUGGAAGUUCGUGUCUCCACUAUGCAUGGCUAUACUCACCACAGCCAGUGUCAUUCAGCUGGGGGUCACGCCCCCGGGCUACAGCGCCUGGAUCAAGGAGGAGGCGGCCGAGCGCUACCUGUAUUUCCCCAACUGGGCCAUGGCGCUCCUGAUCACCCUCAUCGUCGUGGCGACGCUGCCCAUCCCUGUGGUGUUCGUCCUGCGGCACUUCCACCUGCUCUCUGAUGGCUCCAACACCCUCUCCGUGUCCUACAAGAAGGGCCGCAUGAUGAAGGACAUCUCCAACCUGGAGGAGAACGAUGAGACCCGCUUCAUCCUCAGCAAGGUGCCCAGUGAGGCACCUUCCCCCAUGCCCACUCACCGUUCCUAUCUGGGGCCCGGCAGCACAUCGCCCCUGGAAACCGGUGGUAACCCCAAUGGACGCUAUGGGAGUGGCUACCUCCUGGCCAGCACCCCUGAGUCGGAGCUGUGACCACUGCCCCAGCCCUGCCCGUCUCCCCCCCCACACUCAACCUGCCCACUCGUCCAGGCCUGGCCUCUUCCUCGAGGUGGUCACCAGGCCCAGGCCAGGCCCUUUGCCCAAGAAGAGAGGGUCUGCCCUGCCUCACUCCCCUCUUCAGUCCCAGAAGACUCUGCUCCCUAGCCCUGAGCAGGAGGCUGGAAGCAGCUCUGUUUCCCAAUUCAGGACCCCACUCGUCUAGCCUUCCAAGAGCCUCCGCCAGAUUGCAGCCAUGUAAUUGGAACAACCCAUUAGUCCGGCUUCCCAGUCCCUGGGAGAUUCCAAGUGGCCACUGCAGGAGUCACUCACCUCCCUCUCUUCCUGUAACUUGCCACCUGCAGUUCUUAGGGCUCUGGGGUGCCCUGAGCCGCCACAUGGUGGUGGUGAGAGG